AUGGAGCUUCUCCAGUUGUUCCGUGGAGACACCGUUUUGGUGAAAGGCAAGAAGCGUAAGGAAACUGUUCUGAUCGUUUUGGCCGAUGACGACAUGGAAGACGGAGUUGCCAGGGUUAACCGUGUUGUCCGUAACAACUUGAGAAUCAGACUGGGAGACAUUAUCACAAUUCACCCAUGCCCUGACAUCAAGUACGCCACCAGAAUUUCUGUACUCCCUAUUGCCGACACCGUUGAGGGAAUCACAGGUUCAUUGUUCGACGUCUUCCUCAAGCCAUACUUUGUCGAGGCCUACAGACCAAUCAAGAAAGGUGAUCUUUUCACUGUUCGUGGUGGUAUGAGACAGGUUGAAUUCAAGGUUGUUGAAGUUGAACCUGCCGAUUACGCGAUCGUUGCCCAGGAUACUAUAAUACACUGUGAGGGCGAGCCAAUCAACAGAGAAGACGAGGAAAACAACAUGAGUGAAGUAGGUUACGACGACAUUGGUGGAUGCAGAAAGCAAAUGGCCCAGAUCAGAGAACUCGUUGAACUGCCGCUCAGACACCCACAAUUAUUCAAAGCCAUUGGUAUCAAGCCACCAAAGGGAAUCUUGAUGUACGGACCCCCUGGUACAGGUAAGACUCUCAUGGCCAGAGCUGUUGCCAACGAGACCGGUGCUUUCUUCUUCCUCAUCAACGGUCCUGAAAUCAUGUCCAAGAUGGCUGGUGAAUCCGAGUCGAACUUGAGAAAAGCGUUUGAAGAAGCUGAAAAGAAUGCUCCUUCCAUCAUUUUCAUUGAUGAGAUCGAUUCCAUUGCUCCAAAGCGUGACAAGACCAAUGGUGAGGUUGAAAGAAGAGUUGUAUCCCAGCUCUUGACUUUGAUGGACGGUAUGAAGGCUAGAUCCAACAUCGUUGUGAUUGCCGCCACCAACAGACCAAACUCCAUUGAUCCUGCUUUGAGAAGAUUCGGAAGAUUCGACAGAGAAGUUGACAUUGGUAUUCCAGAUGCCACCGGUAGACUUGAGGUCUUGAAGAUCCACACCAAGAAUAUGAAGCUGGGUGAUAAUGUUGAUCUGGAUGUCAUUGCUUCUGAAACUCACGGUUACGUGGGUGCAGAUAUUGCUUCUUUGUGUUCUGAGGCUGCCAUGCAACAGAUUCGUGAAAAGAUGGACUUGAUCGAUCUGGAUGAGGACACUAUAGAUGCUGAGAUCUUGGAUUCGCUCGGUGUAACCAUGGAUAACUUUAGAUUUGCUCUGGGCAACUCCAACCCAUCUGCUUUGCGCGAGACUGUCGUCGAGAGCGUGAAUGUCAGCUGGGACGAUGUUGGAGGAUUGGAUAAGAUCAAGGAGGAACUCAAGGAGACUGUCGAGUACCCUGUCUUGCACCCAGACCAGUACACCAAGUUUGGUCUUUCUCCAUCUAAGGGAGUUUUGUUCUUUGGUCCUCCAGGUACCGGUAAAACUUUGCUAGCCAAAGCUGUUGCCACAGAGGUGUCCGCAAAUUUCAUUUCUGUUAAGGGCCCUGAACUCUUAAGUAUGUACUUUGGUGAGUCUGAGUCCAAUAUUCGUGAUAUCUUCGACAAGGCUCGUGCUGCUGCCCCAACCGUUGUCUUCUUGGAUGAAUUGGACUCUAUUGCGAAGGCCCGUGGUAACUCGAUGGGGGAUGCUGGUGGAGCUUCAGACAGAGUUGUUAACCAGCUCCUUACUGAGAUGGAUGGUAUGAAUGCAAAGAAGAAUGUUUUCAUCAUCGGUGCCACCAACAGACCUGACCAAAUAGACCCUGCCAUCUUGAGACCUGGUAGAUUGGAUCAACUGAUAUACGUUCCUCUUCCAGAUGAGGAGGGUCGUCUAUCCAUUUUGAAGGCUCAAUUGAGGAAGACCCCAUUGGAACCCGGUUUGGAUCUGGUGGAGAUCGCCAAGAGCACCAACGGUUUCUCAGGUGCCGAUCUUUUGUACAUUGUUCAAAGAUCGGCCAAGUUUGCUAUCAAGGAGUCUAUUGAUGCGCAAAAACGUCUUGCCAAGGAAAAGGCCGACCAGCCUGAGGGCGUUGAUGUGAAGAUGGAGGAAGAGGAAGAAGUUGAAGAUCCGGUUCCAUAUAUUACGAAGGGCCAUUUCGAGGAGGCGAUGAAGACUGCCAAGCGGUCCGUCUCCGAUGCUGAAUUGAGACGUUAUGAAGCAUAUGCUCAACAAUUGCAAGCAUCGAGAGGUCAAUACACCAACUUUAGAUUCACAGGUGAUUCUUCGGCUCCUGAGGCACCAGCCAAUGGCGAAUCUUCUGGAGCUGCUUUUGGUGCGGCUGAUGAUGACGAUGAUUUGUACGACUAG